AUGAAAGAUGCUUCCGUUCCUGAUGACAACCCAUGCCUGGUGUGCACGUGCAACAAAGGGAAUGUGGAUUGCAAAAAGAAAGAUUGCGCCAAACCCACGUGCCAGUAUCCAUAUAUCCCUGUCGGCCAAUGCUGUCCCGUCUGCAAUAACGGUUGUGUGGUCGAUGGAGUUAACCACGAAGAAGGUGAAGAAGUGCUGGCCGAUGACCCAUGUGACAUCUGCACGUGCUCCCAGGGUGACGUCGACUGCAUGCCCCGCGCAUGCGACCCGCUCACGUGCACGAACACCUACGUGCCGUACGGAGAAUGUUGUCCAGUCUGUAGAAAAGGUUGUACACUAAAUGGAGUGAACUACAAUGAAGGUGACACCGUCCCAGAUGAUAACCCGUGUGCCAAGUGCAAGUGCAUGAACGGUGACGUUACGUGCUCGUACACAAACUGCACCAAUCCGAAUUGCGACAACAGCUACACGCCGAAGGGAGAAUGUUGCCCAAAAUGCGUCGAAGGAUGUGAAAUGAAUGGCGUUACGUACAAGGAAGGCCAAACGGUCCCAGACGAAAACCCAUGCGCAAACUGCGUGUGUCGGAACGGCCUCGUCCGCUGUAACUACACCACUUGCGAACCGUUGACCUGUGCAAACAAGGUGAAACCGGCCGGUAAAUGUUGUCCCGAAUGUAGAGAAGGUUGCGUGAGGAACGGAAAGACAUACAAGGAAGGAGAAACGGUCCCGGAUGACAACCUAUGCGCUUCGUGCACGUGUCAGAAAGGUGACGUCACGUGCACUUACACCACGUGCACCACACUGACGUGUAAGGACCAGUACCGACCCCAGGGCGAGUGUUGUGCCAAAUGCAGGGAGGGCUGUGUCAUGAGCGGGAAGACAUACAAGGAAGGGGAAAGCGUCCCAGACGACAACCCGUGUGCGACUUGCACGUGCAAAGGUGGCGAGGUCGAAUGUAGCUACAAGACGUGCGUGGCGUUACCUUGCGCCAACACAUAUAUACCGAGCGGCGAGUGCUGUCCGGCAUGCAAGGAAGGCUGCGAGAAAGAUGGAAAGAAAUACAAGGAGGGCGAGUCAAUUCCGGGCAACAACGCUUGCGAAAACUGCAAAUGCACACAGGGCAAUGUUGUCUGCACGUACACAUCCUGUCAAACACUAACUUGUACCAACAAAGUCACCACCCCCGGAAAAUGCUGUCCGGAUUGUGUCCAAGUAUGCAAAAUGAACGGAAAGGACUACAAAGAAGGUGAGAACGUGCCCAGCGAUAACCCGUGCCAAACCUGCACGUGCCGAAACGGUGACGUCGACUGCGUGUAUACCGUCUGCGUACCGCCCACGUGUCCUAACACGUAUACACCAAAAGGCAAAUGUUGCCUGGAGUGCGUGCAGGGCUGUACAAUGAAUGGCAAGACGUACAAAGACGGCGAUGCUGUUCCGACCAAGGAUCCAUGCGAGAAUUGUACGUGCAACAACGGAGAUGUGGACUGCGACUUCACGGCAUGUGCCCCGCCGCCUUGCGACGUAUCAUACACACCAGCCGCCAAGUGCUGCCCCGUGUGUAGAACGGAUUGCGUUCGAAACGAGAAGACAUACAAGGACGGUGAGAGCGUUCCAGACGACAACCCAUGCGCCACGUGCAAGUGCGCGAAGGGCGUGGUCAAGUGCGGCUACAAGGACUGCACACCUUUGACGUGCGCAGCUUUGUACAAACCAAAGGGAGAGUGUUGUGCGAAAUGCAAGGAAGGUUGUGAAAAGAACGGACAGAAGUAUGAGCACGGUAGGUAA